GUAAGGAGUGGUGGUGUGGUCCACAGGGAACUCAUCAUCACUUUAAAACGCACCAGAGACUUGGCACAAAAGGAGCACUCGCAGUCACAUGACGCAAACUGUUGCUUGGAGUCCAGAUUGUGUGGUGAGCCUGAGUGCCUGCCAAGCGGAGUCUCGUCUCGGUUAACUCAUAACCCCCAAGGAAAGAUGAACCUCUCUUUUUUCGACGUGACCCAGGGCGCGCUGUUUAACGGGAGUCAGACCCUGGCUGGGACACUGGCAACAUACAACGGCUCCGACAACGUGGUGACUGGCGACGGUGGAGGUUCCCUGGUGCUGGCACAAGACGAGCGCAAACUCUUCGUCAUGCGCGUGGUGCAAAUCGCAGUGUUGUGCGUGCUAUCACUCACAGUGGUGUUCGGGAUAUUUUUCCUCGGGUGCAACUUGAUGAUCAAAUCGGAGAGCAUGAUCAACUUCUUGGUGAAGGAGCGGAGACCUUCCAAAGACGUGGAGACGGUCAUGAUCGGGCUCAGCUAGAGCAAGGCGCACAUGUACUUUGAGGAUCUGGUGCACGUUUCCUACAGCAGAUCAAAAUCUGCAUCUGCAUGUACUUCUCAAGAAUGCUGUCUCUGAGUCCUGGUGAGGAGAGAUAUGCAAAAACAUCACUGCUCCUUCAGAGUAAACGAUUAAAAUAAGGUAGUCCAGCGACACCUGUUUGUGCGUAAAAUGUGUGCGUAAAACACGGGGAAUGUUUACACGUGGAGCGAUCUGUUGAAUCUAUUCAGUGAAUUCAAUGUUGCCAACUUGAACAAAGUGACAAAAUGUUUACAAGCCGUUACCUCAUUUUUUUUCCCUUUCUUAUCUUUGUUUGUACAUUUGAAAUGACUAUCGGUGAAUGUUUUUAAACCUGUGAAAAGCAUGCUUUUGAAUCCUUAUAGUUCCAAGACUGCGAGUGUAAUGUGUAGCAUAUGUAGCUGAAAAAAAGUAUUUUUCUUGGUCUCCUUAAAAAAACAGUCUAAAGAAGUAAAAUCUUCGCGUUUUUCAACAAACACUUUCAAAGCUUUAUGGAGUGAUUCUGGUUCGGUUUGGCAUGCUCG